AUGCCUUGUAUCAGCUCUCAUCUCGACCAGAUGGUGAAGAUGCCCCGUGGUUACAGCCCCGUGGCGGACAAAAUCCUCAUGGUGGAACAGAUCCUGUCAGAGUUCAGGCUGAACAAAGAAGAGCUAAAAGAAGUCAUGAAGAGGAUGCAGCGUGAAAUGGACAGAGGACUUCGUUUGGAGACGCACGAAGAGGCCAGUGUCAAAAUGCUUCCAACUUACGUCUGCUCCACCCCCGAGGGAUCAGAGGUGGGUGAUUUCUUGGCUCUGGACUUGGGGGGCACAAACUUCCGUGUGAUGCUGGUGAAGGUGGGCGAAGACGAGGAGAGAAGCUGGAAGGUGGAGACAACGAACCAGAUGUACUCCAUUCCUGAAGAUGCCAUGACAGGGACUGCACAAAUGCUGUUUGACUACAUAGCAGAGUGCAUGUCAGACUUCUUGGACAAACACCACAUCAAGCACAAGAAGCUUCCUUUGGGUUUCACCUUCUCCUUUCCGGUACGACAUGAGGACCUUGACAAGGGAAUCCUGCUGAACUGGACCAAAGGCUUCAAGGCCUCCGGGGCAGAAGGGAACAAUGUUGUUGGUUUGCUCAGAGAUGCCAUCAAGAGACGAGGGGACUUUGAGAUGGAUGUGGUCGCCAUGGUGAACGACACGGUCGCCACCAUGAUCUCCUGUUACUACGAGGACCGCAGCUGUGAAGUUGGGAUGAUUGUUGGUACUGGUUGCAAUGCGUGUUACAUGGAGGAGAUGAGGACUGUGGAGCUGGUGGAAGGCGAGGAGGGCCGGAUGUGCGUGAACACGGAGUGGGGGGCGUUCGGAGACAACGGCGAGCUGGAGGAGUUCAGGCUGGAGUACGACAGAGUGGUGGACGAGUCCUCGAUUAACCCCGGACAGCAGCUGUAUGAGAAGCUGAUCAGUGGGAAGUACAUGGGUGAGCUGGUGAGGCUCGUCCUGAUGAAGCUGGUGAAUGAAAAUCUGCUGUUUAACGGCGAAGCCUCGGAGCUGCUGAAGACACGUGGCAGCUUCGAGACGCGCUACGUCUCACAGGUGGAGAGUGACACUGGGGACAGAAAGCAGAUCUACAACAUCCUGUCCUCUCUGGGUGUUCUGCCCUCAGAGCUGGACUGUGACAUCGUGCAUCUGGUCUGCGAGAGCGUCUCCACUCGCUCCGCUCAAAUGUGCGGCGCUGGGCUGGCUGGUGUCAUCAACCGGAUGCGGGAGCGACGCUGCGAGGAAUGCCUGAAGAUCACAGUGGGGGUGGAUGGAUCUGUCUACAAGCUGCACCCAUGUUUCCGUGACAAGUUCCACAAAGUGGUGUGGGAGCUGACGCCUCACUGCGAGGCCACCUUCAUCAUGUCAGAGGAGGGCAGCGGUCGCGGAGCAGCUCUGAUCUCAGCGGUGGCCUGCAAGAUGGCUGCAUGCAUGCUGACACAGUAAAGGAAGCUAUGCACUAAGCUGGUCUCCAGGCAGGACGGAAAGCCCAAAGUCCUGACUGGAGAAGAUUGACGACGUCUCAUCCACAGAUGUGCAGCUCAGGCCUCUUUCCGGCUCAAAAGAGAAGCUGAGCGCUCAUCGCUGGGAGACGUCAGGACAAGAGAGCAUCAAACCGCUUGUAUUAUAGACCGUGUUUGAUAGACCAAGUUGUAGCAAUGAGUCAAUCUGAGUGUUUCUGAACUUUAAGAACUGGUUUGCUGUUGCAACUAAAACAUUAGGUGGCAUGAAAGCAUCGUUUAGGAUCCAUGCUCCUCAUGUGUCACUGCCUGUUCCAGUGUGGGCUGUACGAUAUGUUAUUGAUGAUAUUGUAUUAUAAUACCAGAGUCUGGUUGCUGUACAAGACAAGGAUUUUGUAAAUGCUUUUUGUAAAUUAAGACUAAAUUAAAUCUGUUGCUUUGUUGUGUAAUUCUCCGUUUAUGAUGAAUAUUAUUAUACUUCUUUGCUACUGUGUAUUUAAAUACCCUUUCUAUGUUAGCCAGUAUGGUGUCUCAUGUGCAUGAUGAAGCGUGCUUUGGAUAUGAAUAAGCUUAACUGUAAAUAAAACUGCUUAAAUAAACUGUUGCACUUUAA